GAUGAAGUCAUCGCUGUUUCAGAGAAGGUCAUAGUAAAGUUGGAAGAUCUGGUGAAAUGGACGGUGACCGACUUGUCGUGCUGGAAGAAGGGUCUGCGGGCCAUACCCCUAAAACCCACCGUCCUGAAAGAGCUCGGGAAGAACGGCCAGAGAGAAGCGCUUCACAGAUACAGAGAGUCCACGCUCAACAGCGGCCUCAACUUCAAAGACGUCCUGAAAGAGAAAGCUGAACUCGGUGAUGAUGUGGAGGAUAAAAGAGUUCUGGUGUUGAGUUACCCUCAGUAUUGUCGGUAUCGCUCCAUUAUCGUGAGACUUCGGGAGCGACCCACCACUCUGCUUACGGACCAGGUGGUGCUAGCGCUGGGCGGCAUCGCCUCCUUGACCAACAACACCCAGAUCCUGUACUGCAGGGACACAUUUGAUCAUCCCACGCUGGUGGAGAACGAGAGCGUGUGUGAUGAAUUCGCACCCAACCUGAAGGGUCGGCCCAGGAAGAAGAGGCUUUCUAUCUGCCUGAGACGAGACUCACAAGGGCUGGGCGGCAGUGUUAAAGAACCCAGCAACGUGGAAAACAAGUCCCCUGUGAAGGUGAAAGUGGAAUCAAAAACAGGGGUGUCCAAGACCAGGACAACAGGCAAUGGCAACAGCUGUAAAAGGGUCACAGCAGAGGAGAAGCUUCAGGUGGAGACGGCUGAAGAGUGCCGCACAGAUGAACAGGCCUUUCUGGUGGCGCUGUACAAGUACAUGAAAGAAAGAAAAACGCCCAUCGAAAGGAUACCAUACUUGGGCUUCAAACAGAUAAAUCUCUGGACAAUGUUUCAAGCAGCCCAGAAACUGGGAGGAUACGAGGUGAUCACGGCUCGCCGACAGUGGAAAAAUGUAUAUGAUGAACUUGGCGGCAACCCGGGAAGCACCAGCGCCGCCACAUGCACGCGCCGGCAUUACGAGAGACUCAUUCUGCCCUAUGAGAGAUUUACUAAAGGAGAAGAGGACAAACCUCUGCCCCCCUCCAAACCCCGCAAACAGGAAGUUGGUGGCCCGGAGGGAGCUGUCAAAACAAAGUUAACAGUCUUGAAGCGGCCUAAGGAUGAACAAAAUCAGAAGUCAUGGAUUGAAAAAGACCCCACAGCUAAAGUCCCAGAGCAGGAACUAGAGGAAAAGGAAAACGUCCAGGAAAAGGGAUUGGACAAGCAGGAGAGCCAGCAGUCACAGGGUCAAGCCCAGAAGGAGAGAGAGGAAGAAAGUCCUCUUUCUGAGGAUGAGGGAGUGCAGCCACUUGUCAAGGAUGAAGAGGAGAAACCAAUAUUCCGUAACGUAUAUGAACUGGCAAACGGGAAUCCCUCACUUCCACAAGAUGGUGCACCACUCAAAUCAGAGGAUUGUGAUGUGUUUCCUGUUUCUACUGCUGCUAUGCCACUACGGCAUGCCCACUCCCUCCCCAUUUCACAAACAGCGGACCAAUGGAAGCAUGGGAUGGUGGAAUUCAAGGUACCUCCUGGUGCCCUUGGAAACGUCGAACCAAAGGAAAGCCACAACCAAGUGGGAUUGGUGCUCCCCACUCUAAAACAGAAACCACUCACAAUUCCUGAAGUCCCUGCUGAAAGUGGCGAACCCUGUAGAAAGGAAGAAGCUUGUUUCAGUUACAAUCCUCUCCUCUACCCCAGGGGAAAUCCUGGCAUUAUGUCACCCUUAGCCAAAAAGAAGAUGUUGUCCCAAGUCAACGGCACAGGACCUUUUAAUAAUUACCCAUAUGGACCACCACCUCCAUUAGUCAGCAGGAGAUUAUCCAGCAGUUGUACAGAAGGGACAACCACUGGACAACAGAGCUCUCAGGCUCCUUCUGCAACUGAAACUAACGUGGUGAUCAAACGCCCAUCAGUUAUCCAGCAUGCUCAGAGCUUUAAGCCCAGAAGUAAUGAGGAAAGGCGGUCCUUAACAGAAGCCCGUCAGAAAGAGGGAUGUAGUGAAGGAGAACCUCUAUCUCAACCACAGCCUACGCAGAUAAGAGAACCAUAUCUAAUGAAGGCUGACCUCCACUCCAGCAUGGAGAAGUCUGCUGAGAUGCCUCGUCCUGGCCAGGCUCCCAGCUUCCUGAGUGACUUUUAUUCUUCACCGCACCUGCACGACCUCUGCCGACAAACCGAGCACCACCUGAGCAAGGAGCAGAUAAGCAAGUAUCUCAGCAGAGAUGUUUACCCUUUGGAUUGUAAGACCGCGCAGGGCUUUCCUCCAAGCCAACAUCCUGAUAAUGUGGGUUUGAGUUACUCUGCCCGACUCAGUCAGAAAGAUAAGAACUCACCUUCAGAAAGGGUCACAGAGGAGCAACCGACUGACUUGAGCCUCCCCAAGCCCUCUCCUCACAAACCAUCCCUUUCAACGUUCCCACAUCCCACAAUGCAUCAGGACAUUAAAAACUCUUCUUUAUAUCAAUCCGGCAGUGGUCAUAGCUCGAGCAUAGAUUAUCAUCCCAGGGCCUGCCGGGUUCCUCCCAUGACCGUGUCCACACCUAAAAAGGUAGCUGAAUCUCACUCAAGGGUCAUGGAGAAAGUUCACAAUGGCAGAGUAGAAGAUGCAUUAGGCUACAAGAUUGAUGAGCUGACUCGGCCCGCUCUGAACACCAAAAGCAGCCCACAGAAUAUCUGCACUACACGGCCACUGAAAAGGAACCUCGAAGAGCUGGAGAACGGACCACCGGAGAAAAAGAUUAGGGCUGUGACACCCCUGCACUGCUCCACGCAAAGAGAUGGCCCAGGGAAGGUUCGUACUCCGGAAGCUGACGGAGAGUCCGUGAAGCUGGUAGAACCUGCACGCAUGGUGCAUAGUUACACUACAGAGGGCCACAAGUUCCCCUUGCACUCCCACCUUUUCCAAGGACUGUAUCCAGGGGCAUUUGUAUCUCAAGUGCAGGACAUGUGUGACAGCCUGGGCUCCCACGUCACCCCGAGUUACUCUCAUCCUUUGCAGUACUUGAAGAACCAGGCUGUGCUGUCACCGCUUAUGCCCCCCUUCGCAAUUCAUUCCUUAAUGAUGCAGAGACAAUUCCUGGCCCCCAACCCUGCCCACAUGUACAGGCACCAGGUGGGGACUUCAUAUGGGGACAUUCUGCACCCCGGUCUCUACCCCAUGUCGGCCCUCCACCCCCAGCCGGCUUUCAGCCCCCCUCAGCUCUCCUCGGUGCACCCCAGCACCAAACUAUCCUAGGUGAUGUGGUCUGAUGUUCCCAUCCCACACCUAACUCUGACUCGAUGCCCCUCGAAAAAACCCAUGAAGCAUGGUCACGCUAUGUAUCUAACGAAGUGUUUUAUAAAUGCUUUAACGCGGGAGCCAUUGUUUCCGUUUUCACCUUCUUGCCACUAAAGUUUAUAAUUUGCACAUUUCAUCGAACAGGGGCCAGCUGGGCCAAUGGUGACUUACACACCGCGCUGUUCGAAAGUGUCCGUUUUCUCGUUGGAAAACAUGUUGCCUUGGCACAGGUGCUCAAGUGGAGAUUGAUGUACUGUAAUGUCAGUGGCGGAGGUGUCCAAAAGAAUGUCGAGUGACAAAUCAGUGCAAUGCAGCGGUGCUUUUUCUGUCCAUUCUGAGCUCUUUUGUCUAAAACACUACGACAGGACAAUUCAAGAGCUGCCUGGUUAGCGUUGGACAUUUUUACAUUACUCUUGACUGUGUGUGUUGCUUCGUUGUUGUUAUUUUUUUAUUGUAACAGUGUGGUAGUUUCACGUUUAUUUUUCAAUCCUAUGAGGGUUAAGCAAUGAGAUAUCACAUUUGAUAAUGCAAAAAAGCGAACAGAGUAUUGCGGUUUGGCUCGUUACACGGUUACAUGUAAAUAAAAUGAACUUUCCUUGAAGGAAUGGAUAAGGUCAGUGAGGAAACGUAAGAUGGCUUUACAAGCUUCUCUGACCACUGCCUGCAGCCGGCCAACCUUUCAGCUCCUCGCACACCCAGCCAAACCUGCUCCCGUUCGCCAGGGCAAUGUGGAAUGUGUUUGUCAAAUGUAGGACUGAGGUGCUUGUAAAUAACCUACAUUGUUCAUAAACUCUACACGUUUUGUAUCACACUCACCCGCUACUGUAUUUUCUGAUUGCUCUGAACUGUGGAGCUGGAGAGCGAUUUUGGACUUUGCUCACAAGAGGAAACAAUGCAGUGUGUACAGAACUACUUAACGGUCAGAAAGCAAGUUUUGUAUUUGCUGGUGUACACUUGCGAUCGCUUACUCAGAGGACUUUUUUAUCAGGAGAGAUGUAUGAAAUUUAAAAUUACGGUUGGGGAAAAACACUUUAGGAGCACUUAGUUAAGCACACACGCAGGCUUUUCCAUCUGUUUCAGUUUAUGGAUAGCUAGUCCAAAUUGGUUUCGAUAUAAUGUUUAAGUUUAAGUCUGGCAGCGAUUAAAUUUGCGUAUUAAAUGAAGUGUAACAUUUGCUGGGAAAGUUUUGAAUUGAAAACGGCAUGAUUUCUUUUGCACAAAAAGAUUUUGGGGAAAGAGUACCAAGUGACAAUUUGAAAACAACACAAUACUCCUAGGGGUAAUCAAUUGUAUUUUUCUUUCUUUUUUUAUUUGAUGUACCGGUAGUAGAAACUAAACUUUAAGAAACGUAUUUACUCCAACAGUGUUUGGAGUAACACUCAAGGUUGCUAUGUAACAUUUUGUAAUAAGUAAUAAACAGUUUUAUAACUUAA